AUGGGUCACUCUUGGUCUCUUAACACAGCUGAGUUUGACUACAGAUGGGACAUCGUGCGGAGUGGCGAUUUCCAGAGGAUUGCUGAGCAGCGAGAGACUGUUCUACUAUGGUUGGCCAGGUACAUUGUUGCAGAUGGAGAGCAUGCGGGUCUCGGUAACUCUGAUGCUUACUCCUCCAGCUCCAGCAUAGACAGUGGUACAAUCACCAGCUGCUCAGGGAUUAUUUUGGAGGAGAAGAGUUUCUCUAUCAACGGUGUGGUGGAUAGAUUUUCGAAUGUGUGGAGCACUCUCAAGUUCAACAAGUUUGAGAGAAAGCUGAUUGAGGGCCACAAGUUGGCUUUGGAUGCCUUAAGUGUGAGGGUUGAGUCUAUUGAGCAGAGCCAGAGUUCUACAGAGACUGUCAUGACUUUGAUGGCCGAUAUUGUUGAGCUGCGUAGAGAUAUGGACGAGAUGAAGUCGACUGACCUGUCAAUGUUUUUUUGUACAGUGGAGAUUCCCACAGUCCUGAACAUAGAUAUUCUAGCUAGUUCUGAGAUUAGACAUGAUGAUACUUAUAUUGAAUCCGAGGUAGAGAAAGAUGAGGAGAAGCUAGGUGUUAGAGAUGAAGUUGUCUAA